CUCAAUAAUUGCAAAUUUUAUCUAGCUUUUUAAACUUGUAAUUUCCAACAGGUCUGAUUUUCAUAAGUAAUUGUCCGACUAAAUGCGAGUUUUAGGCGACAUUUCAAAAUUCUGCCAAAUGUAUCUUUUUUUCUAAUUCUAUGGUGUUCCUCGUCUAAAUGCCGUAAAUUUUUUUUAGAAUAUCCAUCCUCAGAAUAUUGAGUAAGAUUAUUUAUUUCUUCUCAAGCUUGUUGUAAGGAUACAUGAAAUUUCAUUAAAGCACCGCUUGUCUCUUGAAAAUUGUCUACAUAAGAAAUUAUAGAAAGCAAUAAUCAUUUUAGAAAACCGGGUGUGAUCAAGAAAUUGGUGUGGUCUAAAGGGUGUGGUCAACCCUCCAUCUCAUUUCGGCGGUAGUCAGAUUUUUUGCUGGAUCCGCCACUGGCUUUGCGAUAGAAUUCACUUUCAAAAUCUUCGAAAACAGCCAACAGUUUUCUGCCAUUUCUCGACAGUGACAUUUUGUAAAGCUAACAACACGGGGGUUAGGAUGUUUUUAAAAAGAUACCUCGUUAUGAAAGAAAUUGAGGUUUCAGCCAAUCAGAAAGCCGUAUUUUGAAAAGCUGCUCUGUGAUUGGUAGGACAGAAAGUUGUCCUGAGCGCCAGUUUUUGAGUACUUUGGAUUAUGAGUCUCUGUUGUAGCGUCCGUCAAGUGAGGCAGUAGCGAAACAGAAGCUCAUGGAGUCUAGGGUCUGUGUAACCGAGAGCAAAAUCGCGUACGGGGAUUGAAUUGAAUUUUUUGCAUAAUUAUCACACAUCUGUGUAAUCAUGCAAGAAGAAGCGCUAAUAUUUUGAUCGGUCGUGGCAGUAUGAUAUAGAUUUAUUUGUUAGAAGAAAGUUUUGAAAAUGUUGCUCUGCUAUUUGAUGUUGAAGAUCUUCAUUGGGACAAUUCAUUGGUUCUGACCAUUUUGCAUGGUAGAAGAUGUUUAUUUUCUAGUUUGGCUCGAAGUUAAUGUAAAGAAGGACUUUUUGAGACAAGAUCUGGUGGAUACGAUGACGGAAAACAUGACUUUCGGAGUAGCGAUAAGUAAUGGAAACCGAAAAUUAGACAAGACGCUUUGGCUACAAACCGUAGAGAAUGAUCUCUGGUUAUAAACCCAAGUUUACAUACAGUGGAAAUUGCUCAAGUCUACAUAAGAGAAGAGUUAUUGUAUUCACAAUGAAUACAAGCGUAAUACCAUAAAAUAUUGCGCUGAGCAAACAGAUUCGUAAACCGGAAUGGAAUGACUUUUAUAUAUCUUUUGAGCUAUGGAGCCAUCGGGUUCAAUAUUGGAGCAAAGAUAGCUGACUCAAAACUGUCCUUUCAAAUUAUUCGGAUAAUUUUGGAUAAAAGAUGAAUUAAAAAACUGGAAACUUUGUCAAAAUCUUUGCAACAAGGGAGAGCUGUGCUUAAGUAAUUAGGCAAUCGUGUUGGGGUUCAAUUCAGUAUGUAAACAGAUAAACUGUUGUGGGACAGGAAGAAAUACAGCAAUAGUCGUAAUUGAAAUUUUAGAUAAAAAUUCAAGAUUCACAGAAGCAACAUAGCUCUGAAAAUUUGACCGGUUUUCUGAAACCUUUCAUCCACGCCUGCUAGUCUCUUUUGAUCAAAUGCAAGGACCAAUGAAAAGCGGAAAAUUUGUGUUGAAAAGUUUUGUUUGUUCCCUUGCUCAAUGUUCCGUUAGUCAAUCGUCAAGAGCGGCUUCCGAGUCACGUUGAUGAUCGACAUAAAGUUACGCAUUCGUCUUUCGACUUUCUCACCUGCCGAACUUAAAUCGAGAAUUAAAGGCUCUUGCGCAACUGGCAAGCUUUGCGACUUUAAUUUAAAGAACCGGUCUAUAAUAGUACUGCAUGAAAAUACAAAACAUAGUCAAUUUCUCAAGACAACAUGAUAUAGAAAUAUGAAAUAUAUGAAUUAUGAAUUAAGUAUGAAUAUAUGAAAUACAACACCCGCUAAGCAUGACGGUUGCUCAAGAGUCUUUAAGUGAAUGCGAAGUGCGACGUUUAAAUCAGAUAGGCACGGCUAAUUUAAUUAAGGGCGGCAGAAAAAUUUGCGCUUGGCAGAACUUGGCGAGCUACGCAAGCAAAGCGCAACUGGGCUUUUCAUGUACCGAACUCAAUGCAUAAUUUAUUUUAUAUCCCAGAAAUCACUUUUCUGGCAAAUCAUGCCUAUAACUGAAUUUCGGCGCGAAUCAACCUGGAAUCAAUAAAGCCAAGAUGGCGUCUGCAUAUGAGAAGUUCUGUUGUGUUUCCUCUCUUGCCACCAAGUAUCAUUUUCCAGACGAUAUUCAACCAACACUGGUUGCGUUGAAGUCUUCCGCAUGUCCUCUUUGCCUCCAUUAUUGGGCUGCUGUCGAGAGCAAGACAACAAGUAGCACCACUAAAACUCUCCUUCUUCUUUGCUUCACUAUAAUCUUCAAUCUUGCCUCUGCCAAUCUUCAAUUCUUUCUGGAUUCCAUCAGCAAUCUCCUCACAAAUGUAAAACGCAUGUUUUCGGGCCAUAUUAAAUGUCCGCAAUCAAAUCUGAAAUCCAUAGACUUAAGCCCGGCGAGCGGAACAAUGAAGAUCGACGUUUGCAACGGGAGUGGCACCAAAGAAUUAGUUCGGCAUAGAAGAAGUUUGACGUUUGGGACGGGCCUAUCAGAUAGCUAAAUAAUUGGAUAUCUCAUGGCCAUUGAAUUGCAUCCGGACAUAGUACAUUCAAUAGAAUUGGCAGCUCUGUUAAAAACGAUCAAAUGUCCGUGCAAGAAUUCCUACCGACGAACAUAUGAAAAAGUCUGGCAUAAAGGCAUUUAUUUAAUCGAAAAUGCCAACAAGAAAAUAUGUUUUCCUGACACGUUGUCUACUUGUGCUUACUUUGAGCCAAGUAAUCCACGGAGAGGAUAAUCGAGGCUCAGCAAUGUUCGAAGUUAUUCACAACCCAUAUAUGGAACUGACCAGCAUGUUUCAUAAAUCGUUUCAUCAAUGUAGUAAAAGUAGUCCGUGCAAUUUUGUGGUGAAGGAUAUGACAACAAACAAGUAUGAAACACACAAUAAGGAAGGAGAUAUAACUCAAGACCAGAGAAAGCUGAUAAUAUGGAAAAGAAAAAGAAAGUAUUCCUGUCUUGAUUGGCGAUACGACUCUGCAAUGAUUAAUGGGAUAUACAGAAUAUCAGAUGAUGACGGGGGCGAAUUCAACGUUUACUGCGAUUUCACAUCAGAGCCAAACUCUGUAUGGACCCUGAUCGAAUCGUUCUCUUUGGGUAAAAAUCAUCUGUUCAAAGACUGGCCAUUCACAAUUGAUUUUCCGUACUUGGAAGAUUCUCCAAACUGGGACAAUUACAGACUCAGCAAGACAAGGAUGGAGAAAAUCAAGUCAACAUCAACCCACUGGAGAGCAACAUGCAGUUUCGAUAUUUUUGAGAUAAAAUUGAUGUUUGCUUUCUUUGACGAAGAGAAGCUUCUUUCACCUGUAGCCACUUCACAUAGCAUGCUAUUGUUACAUUAUCUUUUCAAACAAAAUCAUUAUAGUAAACUACAAAUGCAGAGACUUGAUGAAUUCACCUUUGGAAUAAACGUAGACGUGUUAAGUUACUUAUGGAACAUCAUACUGUGCAAUAGUAAAACUGUAAAAUGGUAUAGAUAUCAUCACACAUUGUCAACUUAUAUCUUUUUUCUAGCUUUAAGUCUUCAAAUUAGAUAUUGGUUGCUAAAGCGCUUACUUAGUCUAUAUCUGCUACAAGAACCCAAUAUGCCACUGCUAAAUUUUUAAUAUAAACGUUUCCUCUGCAGUGUAGUAGAGUAAGUCCCAGGCCCCCUGGGCAAGGCGUAGACACUAUGUAAACACGUGUGUGAAUAUAGAUGAGUUUGCUUGCUGUA